GCUACUUUUGUUUCACGUAAAAUUUGUGUAAUCGCUUGUAAACCCGUUCCCAGGUAGCUAUCGCAUCAUUACUUUGUCAAAUGAAUUCAAAUACGCUUAAUCAGAAGUCAUUCAUACCAACACCACCGGAGAAAGGCAGCUUUCCACUUGAUCACGAAAAUAUUUGCAAAAAGUACUAUCUGCUUUACAUGAGCUGUUUGCGUCGCAACAGCGAUAACAACUCAAAGUGCCGACUGGAAGCUAAAGAGUAUCUGGGUUGUCGUAUGCAAAAUAAUUUGAUGGAGCAGACCCAAUGGUCCAAGCUAGGUUUCGAAGACGAGCAUAACGCGAAUGCGAAUGAAAAUACCAAUAAAAAUUAAGUGCAAUACACAGAAAAUAGUAAAACAAAGCAACAAAAACCAUGAUGAGACCACAAAAAAACAUAUUAAUCGGUGUUACAGGCAGUGUAGCUACCAUUAAACUUCCACUGCUUAUCGAAAAGAUCAAAGAGUUUGAACAAGAUUAUGCCAUAAACAUUAAAAUAGUUCCCACACAACAUGCCCGUCACUUUUUCGAGAGCACACUUUUGCCCGCAAACGUAAAGGUAUUGAUUGAUGCCGCGGAAUGGUCAAUGUGGCAAAGGAGGGGUGAUCCGGUAUUACAUAUAGAAUUGGGUAAAUGGGCGGAUGUAUUACUUAUUGCGCCGCUCAGCGCAAACAC